UCUCCACGGUCGGUAUGUAGCAUCGGCGGCGCUCCUGAUUCGGACUAGAACCAGAGGAGAAAACGCGCUUUGCACGGACACUAGGAGCAGCAGGAUUAACCCUGACCCCCAGGAGGAUGAGACCAGCACCGUCCGCCUGAAGGAGAAUAAAACACCCUCAUUCUGCUCUAUUAUCUCCCUUUUUACAAACAUGGCGAACGACUCUCCGGCUAAAAGUCUGGUGGACAUAGACCUGGCCUCGCUGCGGGAUCCUGCAGGGAUUUUCGAGCUGGUGGAAGUGGUCGGAAAUGGCACCUAUGGGCAAGUCUAUAAGGGUCGACAUGUUAAGACGGGGCAACUGGCAGCCAUCAAGGUCAUGGACGUCACCGAGGAUGAAGAGGAGGAAAUAAAGCUGGAAAUCAACAUGCUGAAGAAGUACUCUCACCACAGAAACAUUGCCACAUACUAUGGCGCCUUCAUCAAGAAGAGUCCGCCAGGUCACGACGACCAGCUCUGGCUGGUGAUGGAGUUCUGCGGAGCCGGGUCCAUCACAGAUCUGGUGAAGAACACCAAAGGCAACACGCUGAAGGAGGACUGGAUUGCCUACAUUUCCAGAGAGAUCCUCAGGGGAUUAGCUCACCUGCACGCUCAUCAUGUCAUCCACCGUGACAUCAAGGGACAAAACGUGCUGCUGACGGAGAACGCUGAAGUCAAACUAGUGGAUUUUGGCGUGAGCGCUCAGCUGGACCGGACCGUGGGCCGGAGGAACACCUUCAUCGGAACGCCGUACUGGAUGGCUCCGGAGGUCAUCGCUUGUGAUGAAAACCCUGACGCCACCUACGACUACAGGAGCGACCUGUGGUCCUGUGGAAUCACGGCUAUAGAGAUGGCUGAGGGAGCGCCGCCUCUGUGUGACAUGCAUCCAAUGAGAGCCCUCUUCCUCAUUCCCAGAAACCCUCCUCCUCGCCUCAAGUCCAAAAAAUGGUCGAAGAAGUUCUUCAGCUUCAUCGAGGGCUGCCUGGUGAAGAACUACACCCAGCGACCCCCCACGGAGCAGCUGCUCAAGCACCCGUUCAUCCGCGACCAGCCCAACGAGAGGCAGGUCCGCAUCCAGCUCAAGGACCACAUCGACAGAACCAAGAAGAAGCGCGGCGAGAAAGAUGAGACCGAGUACGAGUACAGCGGCAGUGAAGAGGAGGAGGAAGAAGCCUCUGAGCAAGAAGGAGAGCCAAGCUCCAUAGUGAACGUGCCGGGCGAGUCCACCCUGCGCCGGGACUUCAUCCGGCUGCAGCAGGAGAACAAGGAGCGAUCGGAGGCUCUGCGGCGCCAGCAGCUGCUGCAGGAGCAGCAGCUCCGGGAGCAGGAGGAGUACAAACGCCAGCUCCUGGCCGAGAGGCAGAAACGAAUCGAGCAGCAAAAGGAGCAGCGCCGGCGGCUGGAGGAGCAACAACGCCGUGAGCGUGAGAUGAGGAGGCAGCAGGAACGCGAGCAGCGCCGGCGCGAGCAGGAGGAGAAGAGACGCGUCGAAGAGAUGGAGCGACGCCGCAAAGAGGAGGAAGAGCGCAGGAGGGCGGAGGAGGAGAAGAGGAGGGCCGACCGAGAGCAGGAGUAUAUCCGCCGCCAGUUGGAGGAGGAGCAAAGGCACCUGGAGAUCCUGCAGCAGCAGCUCCUGCAUGAACAGGCCAUGCUGCUGGAGUAUAAAUGGCGGGAGCUGGAGGAGCAGCGGCAGGCCCAGAAGCUCCAGAGACAGCUGCAGCAGGAGCAGGCCUACCUGCUCUCCCUACAACAGGGCCAGAACCUGGACGUUAGCAAGUCCUCACAGCAGCAGAGCCCUGCAGCAGACGGGGCAAAGCCCCUGCAGAGCCCUGACUCGGACGCAGCCAAACCAGCGCAGAGCACUGACUCUGAGAAGACACGGCCCAGUCCGCUGUCCAGUCUGGAUAAAAGUGAAGUCCCCCAGCAACCCGCCGCUGACCUGCAAGGCCCUGCCCCCGAUACUGAGCCGGUCAGAGAGGCCGACGAGAGGUAUCGUAAAAACAUCCAGGGAUCUCCUCAGGCCGCCCAGACCAAACCCCAGCAGCCUCCGGUGCCGCCGCGCUCCGAGUCCUCUUAUCCCAACGGAAACGCUGCGGCUGAGACGCCGGCCAUGCACCGGGCCGUGGAGCCACAGGUCCGCUCACAUCUGGCUGCUUUAAAGAGCAGCAGCAGUGUGGCCUCGUCCAGCUCCUCUUCUCCAACCCCUCCUGCCGUGUCUCGAUCACAUCCCAUAAGUGAGCCGCUUGCAUCUAGCUUUGAAAACCUCCACCUUCACAACAGCCAUGACUCACAUCAACCUCCAUCAUCAUCAUCGUCAUCCUCAUCAUCAACACCUGCACGCACUGACCCACAAUCCCAGCUUCAGUCCAGACCCUUUCCCCAUGACAAGGCUCCUUCAGAAGAGGCCCCGCCCCGGGUUCCUGUCAGAACUACAUCCAGGUCUCCAGUGCUGUCGAGGCGAGACUCGCCUCGCCAUGGCAACGCCCCACUCAGCAGAGAUGUCCUGAGCCGAACUGUUGCCAGCUCCGCAGAGCCUCGGCUGCUGUGGGAACGGGUGGAGAAACUGGUUCCCAGAACGACCAGUAAUAGCGGCAGCGGAGGCUCCAGUUCCUCCAGCAGCUCCAGUAACUCCAGCUCUCAGCCCAGUUCUCACUGCGGCUCUGGAGAGAGGUUCAGGGCCCGCUCCUCUUCCAAAUCUGAGGGCUCCCCCCUCCAGCGACCAGAGAAUGCUGGGAAAAAGCCCGAGGAGAGGAAGGACUUGGUGAGGCCGAGCAGACCAGCGGACCUGACCGCUCUGGCCAAGGAGCUGCGUGCAGUGGACGACGUCCGUCCGCCAAACAAGGUGACGGAUUAUUCCUCGUCCAGCGAAGACUCGGACACCACCGACGACGACGAUGACGAGGAGGUGGACCAGGAGGCGGGGGAAGAGUCCACCUCUGGCCCGGAGGACUCCAGAGCCGUUUCUUCCAGACUAAGCAACGGGGAAACGGAGUCUGUGAAAACCAUGAUCGUUCACGACGAGGGCGAGAGCGAUGCGGGGUCAACUCCCUGCAAAGACAGCACGCUGAUCGUCAGACAGAAUAGCCACCGUAGUUUACCCUUUGCGGUAGCUAAGACGUUCCCUUCCCUCGAACACGUCAGGAUCACAUCUAGACCCAAAGUUGUCUGCCCCUCUUUCUACUUCCAGAGUGCAGGUGACAACAGAAAGCGUGCGGCCCCCGGUUCGGGCCAAACGCAGACCCCUAACCUGCUCUCAGGCUUCGCCCCGAGCCCCGGCCCGGCUUCGGGGCAGGGCCUGGUCCACCUCACCCCCAGCUCCCUCCACCACCACCACCACCACCACCACCACCCCACACAGCACUCGGACCGCAACGGCUUCCCCGGCCGCAUCCACCACCUCCCGGACCUGAUCCAGCAGAGCCACCAUUCCUCCCCCUCCUCCUCCGCAUCCAACUCCCCCUCCUCCUCCAGCCUCGCCAGCCCCUCCAUGUCCCCCCAGAGUCCCCUGGAAAAGUUUGGCAUCCUCACAGAGAGCCAGUCCAGUAACAACAUGCAGAAACACAAGUCUUCUUCCUCCUUCACUCCGUUCAUUGACCCACGCCUUCUCCAAGUCUCUCCAUCCACCGGCAGCGCCCUCAACAAUGUCGCCCUUCCCUUUGACCUCCUAGGCUACGCCAACGACGCCCGGCUGGCGGAGGCGCUGAGGGCAGACCCGUCUCGGAAAGGCUCCGUGGUCAACGUGAACCCCGUCAACACUCGCCCUCAGAGCGACACCCCAGAGAUCCGCAAGUACAAGAAGAGGUUCAACUCCGAGAUCCUGUGUGCGGCGCUGUGGGGAGUGAACCUGCUGGUGGGAACGGAGAGCGGCCUGAUGCUGCUGGACCGCAGCGGCCAGGGGAAAGUUUACCCGCUCAUCAACCGACGGCGCUUCCAGCAGAUGGACGUCCUGGAGGGACUCAACGUUCUGGUCACUAUAUCAGGGAAGAAGAACAAGCUGCGGGUUUACUACCUGUCCUGGCUGAGGAACAAGAUCCUGCACAACGACCCGGAGGUGGAGAAGAAGCAGGGCUGGACCACCGUGGGGGACCUGGAGGGCUGCGUGCACUACAAAGUUGUGAAGUAUGAGAGGAUCAAGUUCCUGGUUCUGGCUCUGAAGAACUCGGUGGAGGUUUACGCCUGGGCACCCAAACCUUACCACAAGUUCAUGGCCUUCAAGUCCUUCGGUGACCUUGUGCACAAGCCCCUGCUGGUGGACCUGACGGUGGAAGAAGGCCAAAGGCUAAAAGUCAUCUACGGCUCGUUCUCAGGCUUCCACGCCGUGGAUGUGGACUCCGGGGCGGUCUACGACAUUUACCUGCCCACACACAUAACUUCCAGUAUCCAGUCCCACGCCAUCAUCAUCCUGCCCAACACCGACGGCAUCGAGCUGCUGGUGUGCUACGAGGACGAGGGCGUGUACGUCAACACCUACGGCCGCAUCACCAAGGACGUGGUGCUGCAGUGGGGGGAGAUGCCCACCUCAGUGGCUUAUAUACGUUCCAACCAGAUCAUGGGCUGGGGGGAGAAGGCCAUAGAGAUCCGCUCCGUGGAGACGGGCCACCUGGACGGCGUCUUCAUGCACAAGAGAGCCCAGAGACUCAAGUUCCUGUGUGAAAGAAACGACAAGGUGUUUUUCGCGUCUGUCCGGUCCGGCGGCUCCAGCCAGGUCUACUUCAUGACUUUGGGUCGAAGCAACCUGCUGAGCUGGUAGAGGUCCACGCCCCGUCCUCAUCCUCCUCUUCCUCCUCCUCAUCGUCUUCUGCCCUCGCUAACACUGGAUCUCAGAACCCACCGUCGAUGUCUUUACAACCAAAAGAGAAGCAAAUCCAACCGCAGACCAGCCCUCCGGACCAGUCGACAACGGCACCUUAGCUCUGCGGCGGACGAGCUCCGAGCUACGGGCCCGCCCGCCCGCCCGCCCGCGACCCAGCACCCGCCGGCCUGGGCCUCUCGACGACCCGCCGGCCAAACCAAACCCAUGCUAAACACCAGAACAAAUACAUCAAAUGUGAAUUCAAGAAAAAGGGGGCAAAGAAAACAGCCGUUGUUUUCCUCUCACGUUUUCUUGGUGCUUGUCAGAAUACGAUGGAAAUAGAUUUUUGUACUUUUUCUUUUCAUUUCCGUGCUGCCGGGCUGGUCAGUAAGCUUGAGGUGUUCUAACUGCUAGUACUGCUAAAGCUCUUCCUACUACUGCUACUACUUUCUGCAGGUCUGCCUCUUGUAAGGGAGCCCCCCCCCCCUCCGCCUGGUACCCCGGCGGGGGCACAGUCUUCGUUUAUGCUACAGUAUUGUGUAUGAAUUAACUUGUGUCUGGUCCGAUUCCUGCUGACGUGCCGGUUAGAGACGACACGUCUAAAGCCCCGGAGCCGGAGGGCCGACCCGAGCCGGGCUGCUGGGACUCAACACGGGGUCUGCAUGUGGAGGUGGAGACGGGCGUUGCCGUGGAGACGGGCGUUGCCGUGGAGACGGGCGUUUGUCCUGGACAGGUGCUUUAAAAGAAACAAGAUGACGGAGAAACGAUGAGCUAGAUGGAUUUCAGAGUAGUAUUUUUUUGAAUCAUUGUUGAUAUUAUUCCUUGAAGAUAAGUGUAACUAUGUGGAGUUGAAUAUGUCUUUUAUUUAUUUUCUUUCUCUAUAAACAUUUCUGCACAUCCACCCCCUGUCCACGUGUCAGGACCGUGUGAAGGAAGUGACGUGUCUGCCCUCCUGAGCAUAACACAACCAAGGUUUAAAUAUAUAUAAUUAUAUAUAUGCGAUAAAAUUCACUUGAGCUCUUUGUCAAGUUUUCCACUCCCCCCAACCCCGACCUAAACUUGAGAAACUGGAACUGCUGUGAAUAAGAGUAGGAUAUGAAAUAAGAGGGUGAUGAUGGAGCGGUAACGUAGAGAAGAGACGGGAACGUGGGAGUGUGGAUGUAGAGUUAAGAGCGUUAGCAGGUGGGUUUAAUGAGGUUUAAUGAGGUGGAACACGCGGUCGGCAGGUCAGUUUCAGUACAAGAGGUGGACUUCUAUCUUCAGUUUUCUUUUUAACUCAUUUCACCUUUCAUUUAUACCGUUCGUAUGUAUCCAAUGCACUAAGUGUCCAGAAUGUAGAAAGACUUUUACUGUGUGGUGGUCCAAGGCAUGAGAUGUUUUUUGCUUUGUAUCUUGUCACAAGUGAUUAAUCCUAGAUGUUCAAUUUCAAGUUUAAGACGAUUAAAAGCUGCAACAGCAGAGCCUCUACGUCAGGUGUAGAUAUUUGAUUUCCUGUUAUUGUUUUUCUGCAACUGUGGUGAUCUGUGAAAGCGGAGUUUUCCCCGAGCCGAGGUUUCCCGCCUGCAGACGCUUUAACGCCAGGUGAGCGGCGGUAACUGUGAUGAAGCUCCUCCUCACGGGCGGCAGGUAGCAGAGCUUUCCCUCAUCAGGCUGUUUGUAAAGAAUACAAUAAAAUAAUCUGAAGACGGAAACCCAUUUCUCUGGGAGGGAGUUGUUUUCUGUGUUUUGACCCCCACGUACGUCAGAGACUGAGAUCUCCUCCAGCACGAGCUGGAUCCUCCACCGUCUCCACAAACACUCUCAAAUGUUGCACAUUGUCACGCAGAAAUGGGGAAAAGGAGAAUCAGUUAUGCUUGAACUCAAUGUUCACGUCUUCAUCAAGCCAUGUGUUUUUCCUGGAGUGUGUGUGUUUUAUUUUUAUUUUCUCUCCCUCCUUGCCUGAAGACAAUUGCACACAGUCACUGUCAGUGUAUGUCAAGCGUUUUCCCCCCGUGUGGAGGUCGUGUGAGCACCAACGCUGUUGUCUGAGCUCUGUUUUACACAGUAACUCCAUCUAGACAUGAGGAAAUCUGAGUCUGAUUGAGGGGUUGUUUCCAGGAGGAGCUGUAGAUCUGAUAUCUGGGGAGAAAAAGCAGACUCUCCCCAACUUCUGCUGGAACAAAGUGCCAACGAGGCAACAUUUCAAAUGUGUAAGACGUAUUGUUAAAACCACUACUUUGAAAUCCUUUUUAAAAAGAAACAAAAGUCACUUGAAGCAUUGUGUAUUCUUACAUUCUAGAGCUAUAGUUGAGAAGCUUAACAGUAGUUUCUGUUGUCUCUGUAAGUCUAUGUACACGUAAAAUAUGCGACUGCAGUGAUUUAAUAUUAUUACACUCACCUUAAGUGGAGAAAAUGUUUACAAAGGCAAUGUUUUGUUACACUAACGUGCAUCACGGUAUUUAUGUUUAUUGCUUUUUUGGUUCCUUGAUUCUGUUUCUGCUUUUUUGAGCCUGGUUUUCAUUGGGGUUCCUGUUGUUUUUUCUGGAUCAUCUCCCAACACAACACUCGGUAACUUACAACAUGGUAAAGAACACGAAGCUGUUCAUUUCAGGUAUUCACACAAAGCUGCUCCACCUUAGAAUCGGCAGCGACGUUCCCUGCAGGCUUGGAUGUGAGACGACAUGUUUUUCCUGUUUCUGCCAUGCUUCUUUAACUUAUGUCCUCUUUGUGAAGUACAGGAAGUCCUGUAUUACCCUGAAGUUUUGUUUUUUCUUUGAAUAAACUUUAAAAGUAAUUUUAAAGGAAGAA